CGCAGGAUGAAGGAGCUGGAAAAGGAGAGGGACGGAGGAGGGGGGAAAGCUGGCAGUAAGAAAGAGAAGGAUCAGAGCUGGGUUCCCAAGAUCAUCAAGAAGCGAGUGUGCACCACUUUUGUUGAAGACUCUUUCAGUAAUGGAGCAUUGUGUCAGUGUGGUGGUGUGCGGGAUGUCCAUGACUCGGUGGCAACAGGAGACUUCUUUGGAGCAGCUAUUGUCACUCAGUGGGACAGUAGACAGCACUCCUCAGAGUGCCCUACUGAUGCCUUUGGAGAGCUGGAGUUUGCUGGUGCUGGGCACAGACACAGUCAUUUCCUGCGGCUGUCAUGUGACACACCACCUCAGAUCGUCUACACCCUAAUGACGGCUCACUGGGGCCUGCCCUCACCCAACCUGGUCGUGUCGGUGGUGGGGGGUGAAGGCCAUGAGAAGAUCAAACCAUGGGUGAGAGAUGCCCUGAGAAAUGGGCUGGUCAGGGCUGCUCAGAGCACAGGGGCCUGGAUCUUGACCAGGGGUCUGAGGGAAGGCAUAGCCCGCUGUGUGGGUGAAGCUGUGAGGGACCAUGGGGCCGCGGCUCCAGCUCUCUCCCAGAAGAAAGUGAUAGCUGUGGGGCUGGCCCCCUGGGGCCUGGUGCACAACAGGCAGCAGCUCGUCAAUGCCCAGGGGAGUUUUCCAGCUCGUUACUACGUCCAGAACACAUCACGUGACUCCUGCUGCCUGGACAUCAACUGCCAGGCUUUCCUCCUGGUGGAUGAUGGGAGUGUUGGCCGCUGUGGGGGAGAAACAGCUUUUCGUGCUAGUCUGGAGGACUACAUUUCCCAUCAGCGCACUGGCAUUUGGGGCAGUGGCAGUAUUGAAAUUCCUGUGUUGUGCAUGCUCAUCUCAGGAGACGCAGGUAUGCUGGAGAGAUUAGAUGCGUCUCUGAGGAAAGCUACACCCUGGCUGGUUCUUGCUGGUUCUGGUCCAGCUGCAGACCUUGUCAGUGAGUUGCUGGACAGUCUCCUCUCUGUCCCUCUCAGUCCCACCUCCUAUCCAGCAGAGGGAGAGGCUGCUGAGGCUUUCACCACAGAGCUCCGUGACAAAGUCCGGGAAAAAGUUCGGAGACACUUCCCUGCUGAAGCUGAACUGGAGAAACUGGUGGACAGUACUCUGAGUAUUUAUCAGAACAGAGAACUCAUCACUGUGUUCCAUGGAGAACAGGAGGGAUCUGAUGAUUUUGAUACAGUUCUCCUCAAAGCCCUUGUUAGAGCUAGUAAACAUGUGUCCAGUAAAGCCAGUGAGUACAUUGAGGAGCUGAAAUUGGCCGUGGCCUGGAACAGAGUGGACAUCGCCAAGUCGGAGCUCUUCAAUGGAGAUAUACAGUGGAAGUAUGAUGACCUCGAGAACUCCAUGACAGAUGCGCUGAUCAACGACAAGCCCCAGUUUGUGCGUCUCUUCUGUGAGAAUGGUCUGAAUAUCCUGGACUACCUGACGUACGGACGCUUGGAGAGCUUGUACCGCUCGCUGUCAGACAGCUCACUGGCAUACAUUCUGCUCCAGAGGCAUCUGAGCGAGAGGCAGGACCUGGCUGGAUCCCUACCUAACCUGGACAGAGCUGUGACAGGACCUCUGAAGAGUCCUCAGAGUGCACUGACUGGACCCGCCUCAGCUAUGGAGCUCAGCCUGUACGAGGUGUCCCGUCUGCUGUGGGACCUGUUAGGUGAUGUCUGUCAGCCUUUUUACUAUGGACCCCUGGGCCUGGACCCCAGCACCAACACCAGGAAGGCUCUCAAGCAAGUGAAUAAGAUGCUGCUGGGGGAGUGUAUGUACCGGGACCAGCGCUGCCUCUCACCCUGGGCAGCCCUCUUCAUCUGGGCUGUCCUGCAGAGCCGCACUGAAAUGGCUGUGUACUUCUGGGAGAUGGCUGGGGAGUCGGUGCUGAGUGCUCUGGGGGGCUGUAAGAUGCUGAGAGAGCUCUCUAAGCUUGAGAGUGAGACUGAGAGCAAGCUGGCCAUGAAGGAACUGGCACAGAAGUUUGAAGACCUGGCACAUGAUGUUUUUGGUGAGUGUUACCAGAACAGCGAAAGUCGCUCCUUCACUCUCCUUAUCAGGAAGUCUCCAGUGUGGGGCGGAGCUACAUGCCUGCAGAUGGCCACUGUAGCUGACUCCCGCCUGUUCUUCAGCCACGAUGGUGUUCAGUCUCUGCUGUCUCAGAUCUGGUGGGGUGACAUGAAGAGAAGUACUGAAGUCUGGAAACUGGUUCUUACCUUCUUCUUGCCCCCACUCAUCUACACAGACCUUAUCAGCUUCAGAGAACAAGAGGAAGAAGUUAAGUCUUUGGAGAUCCACCAUGGCAGAGACACUGAAAGUCUGGAUUGGAAUGAUGCCACCGUCUUCUCCCUUGCUGACAUUAUACAGAAUGAAGAAGAAGCUGAGGAGUUCAGGGCUCUAAAAGAAAACCCCAAAGACCCUAUGCCAUCCAACUCCAAGAGACCAUUUAUUGUAUCAAGGUGGAGACAGUUCUGGUUUGCCCCUGUCACCUCAUUCCUUGGCAAUGUGCUGAUGUACUUCCUGUUCCUCUGCCUGUUUGCCUAUGUCCUGUUGGUGGACUUCAUGCCCCCACCUCCUGACGGCCCUGCCACACUGGAGUUUGUGCUUUACUUCUGGGUUUUCACCUUAGUGUGUGAAGAAAUUAGACAGACGUUCUUUGUGGGCGGCACAUUUGUCCUUCAGAGGAUGAAGAAUUACAUACAGGAUGUGUGGAACAAGUGUGACCUCACAGCCAUCACUCUCUUUACUUUGGCUCUGUGCUGCAGAAUGGGUGCCGGGUCUUAUGAGUUUGGCCGAGCCUUGAUGGCCAUAGAUUUUAUGGUCUUUACACUACGCCUGAUCCAUAUCUUUGCCAUCCACAAACAACUUGGGCCCAAGAUCAUCAUUGUUGGCAAAAUGAUGAAGGACGUUUUCUUCUUCCUUUUUUUUCUGGCUGUCUGGCUUAUGGCUUAUGGAGUGGCCAAUCAGGCACUCCUCUACUCAUAUGAUCCCCGCCCGGAUUGGAUAUUCCGCCGAGUGUUCUACAGACCAUACCUGCACAUUUUUGGCCAAAUACCCAUUAACGAAAUGGAUGCUGAUAAAUUGGACAAGAUAAACUGUACAAACAACGCCACACGAAUUGAAGCAGGAGAGGAGCCGUGUCUGAGCACCUACGCUAACUGGCUGGUUGUUAUCCUCCUCGUCAUCUACCUGCUGUUCACCAAUAUAGUAUUGGUCAACCUACUCAUUGCUAUGUUCAGCUACACCUUCUCCAAAGUACAAGAGCGCAGUGACACCUACUGGAAGUUUCAGCGUUACAACCUGAUUGUGGAGUACCACUCACGGCCCUGCCUGGCACCACCCUUCAUCAUCAUCUCACACAUCCACCUUUUUGUCAAGAGAUACAUCCGCCAAAUUCCCUCAGUCAAAAGCAAACACUUUGUUCUUGAGUUGCGGGGCAGGAAGGCCAGCCACCUCAACACAUGGGAGGCAAUCCAGAAAGAAAACCUCCUCUCAGCUCAGAAUAAGCGUCAGCGGGGUACAGACACAGCACGACUUAAAUCUACGUCUGUCAAGGUGGACAGUGUCCUGAAGCAGAUGGCAGAGAUACGUGACCAUGACCGAAGGUUGAGGUUGCUCGAGACGGAGCUGGAGUACUGCUGCAGUGCCCUCUCCUGGAUGACGGACGCUAUGUCCCAGAGUGAUCUGAUAAAGGCCAGCCAUCCCCCGCCUGUCCUCAGAGAUCUGACUCCAUUGUCUCCGAGCUGACCCCCUGCACUCCAGGAACAUAUGGAGCCACAACAGUGACAAUGAGUUGUGGCAUUGAAAAAAAGAAAUUGAAAAGAAGACAUUGGUAUUGCAAACAGUUCCAAUGAAAAAGAAAACAGGCAAUAAAAACUUUUUUACUUUGUUUUAUAUACAUUUUUUUUUCAUGUUUCGCAUGUAACUGUUUUCCAGUGUUUUUUCUUUCAAGCUUCUUUUUCUCAGUUUUAACUUUCUGUCACCCUUUCCGCAUGGAGAACUGAGGAGAGGGCCGAGAACAGUAUAAUUAACAUAUUAUCUGCAGCCUAUGAAGAGAACUUCAUUCAUCCUGAUCCUUAGCAUGCUCCCAGCCGGCCAUCACCACAUAUGGUAAUGUCUUCUUUGAAUUUACCUGUAACUCUCAACUCUGUUUUGUUGAUUUUUGAUAUAGUACCAGGCAGGUUAAAGUUAACUUAAAACUGAGGUUAUGCUGCUCUGGCAGAGGUCCACUGGAACAUGCACUAACAUCUUGCUUUUGAAACAUUACCAUAUUGUUGCAGUUUGGCCUUUCAUGCAUGCGACAAUGGUAUUUUCAGGGCCAGAAAACGCUGGUUGAAACUGGGUCCCAGAGUGUAAUGUUUUGAAAACACCACCCCUUCUGUGUAAACUGGCAGCUGGCCUGGCAUGCAUACUACAGCGUUUUUGGUUGUUUUUGUGGAUCCGUGUGCACAAGGAUCCUUUCUACAAUGUUAUCAUAUGAAUGCUGAUUUUUAAAAAAAGACUUUUCCCUUUUUAGUAGGGCCACUUUCGUCUAAAUGUGGCCUAAGUUCUUUGACUGCAGGAAGCCUAUGGCUAAAGAUACUUAAUAUAGUUGCUGUUUGGGAGUUCCAGGUGAACUCAUACAAGACAUUACUGCAUGAGAGAUAUGCAGUGAUUCCCGACUUAGAGCAGCCUGUGGCUCCAGAAGAGAAAUGUUCUCUCCUUAAUAUGCAGAUUAUUUUCAAAUAAUUCUGUUUUUGCCCCUUCCUUCACACUCCUCCCCUGCACACCAAAUGGUGACGGAAAGAUGAAACCAAAGAAAAAUGAAAAAAAACACUGACCAUGUUUUAUUUUCAAUACCAAGACUUCUUCAUAAUACAAAAUACACAUAGACACACACACACACACACACACACACACAUACACACACACACACACACAUAGAGUUACUCAGGGCCAUUGUGUCAAAGAAUAGCAUGUUUGCUAUUCUGCUGAUCAUGUCAUAUGUUUGACUUUGCUGAUGUAUAGUGUUUAGGGAUUAUUUUAUUUGGUGAAAUAACAUGCUGAGAUAAAAGUAUAUGUUUUGUUUUAAAGUUGUGUCUGCAGGCAUUGCUCUCUGCUAUCAAGUGUUUUUAUUAUCCGACCACCUGGAAUUGCCAAAGUCUGUCAUUUCUAAAUUUUGUUUAAAGAGCCUUAAAGGUCUGAGCUUUGAACUCCAGAUGUGGCCACAGAGUGCCUUGUUAAUUUUUCUGCACCACUGAUUAAGUAAGAUGUUUCUCAUCAUUUAUGAGAUGAAAUGGUGUUGCAUCGUCACAAGCUUUUCAAAGCUGCACUUUUGUAGUUUUAUGUUACCAAUGGAUCAAAUGAAUAUAAUGUGGAAGGGGUCACAGAGAAAUGUCUGCAAAUUUUCAGGUAAUUUUCUUGUACUUUUGACAGAUUUCUUGCCAGUGUCUGGGUCAUUUUUUCUU